AUGGCUAGCAGACCAAUAGUUCAUCUGAUACAGAACUUCCAUGUUGCCUUCCUUGACAAAUCAUUCUUUCUUGUCAUUUAUCCUAUUGUUUUAAGCUUGGGGUUAUUGAUAAGAACAUUAUUAUCACAAGAACUGUUUGAUGAACUCAAGAAUUCAUAUUGGAUAUCUGAUCAAAACAUUAUCAACAAAACAUUUGCAGAUCAUGGUCUUGAAAUUUUCACCACGUUGAGUGUGCUUAUCUUUAUUGUUAGAAUUAUUGUUUCUGAACUUCAAAAUUUCAAAGUUCCAUUGUUACCAACAUCUUUUAAUUCGAAAAACAAGACGAUUGAGAAGAUUAAAAAGUAUUCCAAACUUGCUGUGCUAUAUGGGGCAAGAUAUGGUGUAACUUAUGGUAUCUUGCUUAUUCUUUUCAAAUUAAAGAAUUAUGAAUCAGUAUCAACAGGAGGUCAAUGUCAACCAAGAUUACAAAAUUCAGAUGAUGUAUCUACUCUUUCCAAAAGAUAUUUAAAGAUCUUGUGCUCACCAGGGGAAGAGUGGAUCCCAGGUUCUUUGAACAUCUCUGGUCAUUAUUUUUUCAUUGUUACAUUAAGCUUGUCACUUUUUUAUGAAUUAAAGAUUCUCCUUCAUUCCACAAUGGAUUCAAUUGAUAAAAGUUUUGAAGAGCAAGAUGAUGGGCUUGGUCUUUCUAAUAAGCUCAAAGUAUCAAUAGCUUCAGCCACACUCACUACUUUGUUAAUCUCCCUUGUAUUACUAGUUUGGAUUGGAACUUUAUCAGUGACUGCAAUAUUUUAUCAUACUAUCCGGGAAAAAAUCAUGGGAUUAGUAUUUGGAUAUCUUGCACCAGUUGUCAAUUAUGUUAUACUGGCAAGGUAUUAUGAAGUAUAG